AUGCCUAUAAUAAUGGUUGAAAGCCGGAAGAAAUUGCCAUGGAUAAUGAUGGCCGCGGCCUGUGCCAAAUACCAACAAUUAUUUAAAGAAAGCGGAAAUGGUAUAUUGACUGAAGAAAGAGAAUUACCUACUGACGAAGCCAUUCAGGCCUGA